AUGUCUCGCACCCCAAGUGGCCAGGAGCCCAUUGUUUUGGUAAUAGAUUUUCACCAUGCGAGGGGCCCAGAAAUCGAACUAUGCAUUGGAGACGAUGGAACCGAUCCUGCGGUGGAGAACGACUGGUCCCUCUUGCCGUUCAUGGCGCUAUCGGACGGUGCUCAUAUGUCGACCGAGGAGUUCUCGUACUUCACCCUCCGCCGCAAGGAGACCGCCACCGAACCAGCGACAUCUCUGUUUGGCAUUGCCUGCUCGAGGCAGAUCGAUUCAAACAUUCUCACCUAUCGCCCGCCAGAUGUGACCCGGUCUACAGUGCAAAAAGCAGUGGUGGUGAUAACGGAUACCCCGCAGAGCUUGGGACAGCUUAGGGAGAAAUUGUCUAUGGUGACAUCGGCUUGGUUCGCCCAGCGGGACUUUUCGGAUAUUGACAUCUUAAAGAAAUUCCGGGAGAACUUGGUAAUCAGUGUGAAGACAAACGAAGCGUCCAAGGACCACACUUUUGGACUUUCUUUGCGGGAAAUGAUUCACGAGUUCAAAUACCAGACUCUGGUUCUGUUCAAGGCUCUACUCCUGCAGCCCAAGAUGCUAUUCUUCGGCUCAAGAUGUGAACGUCUUUGCAUGAUCCAAUUCUCACUGAUCUCUUUGAUCCCUGGUCUUAUGAAUCGCCUGGAGGAUUGCGCCGAUCCAGCUUCCGACACGUAUGCGCAAACUGUCGAGAAGCCGACUUCUCUAAAGACAAGCGAUAGGAAUUCUUUGCUUGCAUAUAUGGGUUUGCCAUUGCAGAUUUUUGGAAAGGGAAGCAUGUUUGGACCUUAUACACCUCUACAGCAGCUGGAUCUGCUGGCAGACGAUGGAACGAAAUCAUACGUUGUCGGCUCUACGAAUUCGCUCCUCCUACAACAGAAAGAUCGCUACAGCGAUAUUCUAAUCAACCUCGAUGAAGAUACCAUCAAUAUCUCCAAUCCUACUCUUCGUACCGCAUUGGCUCUAUCGGUUGCUGACAGACGCUGGAUUGACCUUCUUACUUCCAUAAUUAACGACACGUGGGAUGAGGCGCACCCGCAGCAGCCAAAGACCCACGGGUACAUGGGGUCCGAAGAAUUUAUCCGACUCCAGUUUGAAGAAUAUCUGCUUGCAUUGCUUGCUUGCAUGAAAUAUCACGAAGAUUUGAAUUCUUUUAAUGCUGGGGAUCCAGGCCAUAAGAGCAGAGCCCAGCUGGAGGCAUUCAACAUCGAGGGCGAUCCGGCCUUGGAAUUUAACUCCGAGUUCCUGACGCUGUGGCAAAACACCCCGAAUUAUGCCCUAUUCAAACGUUUGACUUCUGACGCGCUCUUAUUCUCGAUCGUUGAGCCCCGCCAUCCAUGUGCAGGCGGCCUGACGAUUGACGACGUCCAACGUCGGCUAUCGCAACAAGUCGCCGAUCUUCACCUUGAUGAGCGAGUGCGAGAAGGCCGUGAAGCUUUCAACAGGCAUCUGGGCGCGGGCCAGAAGAAAGUGAGCGCCGCAUUCAAUAGCUUUUGGAAUGACAUUGAGUCGAUGCGGGAAGCACAACGGAAAAAAACCGAGGAGAAGGCACCCCAAUCGCAGCGAUCCUCAAUCGAUAAAGGCUCCUCACCGCCAUUUUCGCCCUCCGAUACAGCGUCGGUUACUUCCACCAGUGGCUCGUCUUGGUUUGCCGGCCGCAAAGGCCCCCCUGUGGAUGUCACGCAGGCCCAGACAUCUGUUAGUGCAGUGGGUCAGCGCGCAGGCGCAUAUCUCAAUUCGUGGACAACAUGGGCCAGCGAGAAGCGGAAGGAGUGGCAGGAGAAGAAACCUUCACCGUCCUCUCCGUCCUCUCCGGCCUCGAUCAAGUCCCCAUCAACGACCACAUUAGCCAGCGCAACGGAGACCACUGAUGCCGAACGAGGAAGACGGGAGUCUAUGCAAGCACAACGCAGUGAGGAUUCUCAUUCCUUGUCCCGUAGCGGAAGCCGACGAAAGAGAUGGAGCAACAUACUUCUCAGACGAGAGAGCGGGGAGUUCGGAUCCUCCUCGCAGAAAAAGGAUGACGCAAGUAGUGAAAACAACGAUAGUGAAACCGUCUACCCGAGAUCUCCCUUGUCAAGAGAGGCCUCUAUUCUCGGCGACGACAUCCCAGAUCCGGCAGACCUGCGAGCUAGCGAGUCCACAACCCAGCCGGAGCCCAAAGCGAACGAUCUCACGACAACUCAGAUUCCUGAAGAGGAGCCGAAAUCGGCCCCAGCCAUCCAGAGAAAUCUUACCGAUGCCUCCAAGGACGCCCCCGAGGGUCAAAGCAAAGCUGGCAGUGAUUCGCUUCCCCAGCAGCGAACCAUCAACGAAGAACCUGUGGAGGACCCCAGCGCAUCUGCCAACAAAUAA